AUGGUAGUGGUUGGGGAGCUCGAUGCUGAUGAGAUUGUUGAGGUUCCGGAACUGGCCGUAGAGACUCCGCUAGUCGAAGAAGCGCUGCUCGAAAGGCUGGUGGUGGAUGAUGCACCACUAGUCGACGUAGAGCCUCCAGUUGAAGAAAGACCCCCGCUUGUCGAUAGCCCAGUUGAAGAGCCACUAGAAGAUGACGCGCCAGACGAUGAAGAUGCUCCUGUGGAGGACGCUCCUGUGGAGCCAGUCGAGGACGCUCCAGUCGAUGAUGCGCCAGUGGAAGAGCCAGUCGAGGACGCUCCAGUCGAGGACGCUCCAGUCGAGGACGCUCCAGUCGAGGACGCCCCAGUCGAGGAACCAGACGAGGCGCCUGUGGAAGAUGCUCCUGUGGAGGACGCACCAGUGGAAGAGCCAGACGAGGCGCCAGUGGAAGACGCUCCAGUCGAUGAUGCGCCUGUGGAAGAUGCUCCUGUGGAAGAGGAUUCAGUAGAAACACCGGUGGAGGAGCCGGACGAUGAGCUUGUAGAAGAAGCGCCCGUAGAAGAGGAUCCGGAGGAAGAGCCAGACGAGACACCAGUGGAAGAUACUCCUGUGGAAGAGGCUACAGUGGAGGAUAUUCCUGUGGAUGACGUCUCCGUAGAUGAUGCACCGGAUGAUGCGCUCGUAGACUCACCGGUUGAGGAGGAUGCUCCAGUUGACGAAGACAACCCUGCGGAGGAACUGCUCGUCGAAGAUGUCGUGACUCCGCCACUGCUAGUCGUUCCUUGGUUACCUCCAGUCGAGGUACUCGAACCAGAAGUAACCGUUGAAGUGGUCAACGAAGUAGAGCUACUAGAGCUAGAACUUCCACAAGAUGCGUCACUCAAUACCAGUGUGACAGAUCCCAGGGAACCACAACUGUUGCUAGCCGCGUAG